UCCGGCAAACGGAGCUGGGGAGACAAACCCACCACAGUUGACUGUACAUCGACCCCCUUUGCAUUAUGCAUGUUCACCAGAGAUUCCGAGAGCGAUUCCCGAUUAAACGCAAAACACCGGUACAGAAACCACCGCUUAAAAGUCGAAGAUAAUCAACUUUGAUGUGGCAGACGCGCGUACUGUGAAGGUUGGAAUACAGCACUGAAGCCCGACUGACCAAAGCAAGGGCAGAAGGAAUACAGUAAAAGGGGCUGCUCUCCAACUAAUGCGGACAAUCAUGCAUCUUCUGUUUUGGGGACUUGGGUUUCUAGUAUUAAUCCCUGACUUCUUGAAUGUACUAGCAACAACAGGGGGACCGCAGUUAAAUUCAAGACAAGGAAAACUGCUUGAGCAGCUUGGUGCAUAUGAGAUUGUAACUCCGACGAGAGUGAAUGAAGCCGGUGACAAACUGCCUACGAGCGUGCACUUCAAAAGGAAAAAACGGAGUGUUGUUGGAACACCGAACAACAGUUCCGAUCAGUGGGCCUCCUCGCGCAUUCAUUACAGAAUAUCGGCUUUUGGGCAGGACUUUCACCUCAACCUCACGCUUGAGUCGGGAUUUAUUGCGCCUCUUUACACGGUCACGAUACUCGGAGUACCCAGCAGAAGUAACCUAACGGAUUCUUCACUAGAGGGGGACGCGGAGGAGGACACAGAGUUUCAGCAUUGCUUUUAUAAAGGACAUGUCAAUUCAAAAACGGAACACACUGCCGUCAUCAGCCUGUGCUCCGGAAUGUUUGGCACUUUCAGGUCUGUGGAAGGGGAAUAUUUUGUGGAGCCUCUUCACACCUAUAACGGGGAACAUUUUGAAGAAGAACACAACAAACCUCAUCUUGUAUACAGAAAAGAUGCACCCAAGAAUGACAUUACUGAGGAUGGGACUGCAUGUGAUGCUUCAGGACAUAAACACAGACACAGGAGACACAGAGACAAGGCGAGGAGGCGGGGAGUGCCUGGCGGCAUGCUGGCCGAUCUGGAAACGCUGAGCGCCAGCUUCUCCUCGCGUCCUUUCUCCGCGACGGAAAAUAAGCAAACGGCUAAUGACAGCAGUGACUCAGUACCUCACAGAAGAUCAAAGCGCUUCCUCUCCUAUCCGCGCUUUGUCGAAGUCAUGGUGGUCGCGGACAGCAAAAUGGUGGAACACCACGGGAGCAACCUUCAGCACUACAUUCUCACAUUAAUGUCCAUUGUUUCUUCCAUCUACAAAGACCCAAGCAUUGGAAAUCUAAUUAAUAUAGUUGUUGUGAAAUUAGUAAUAAUAAAUAAUGAACUGGAUGGCCCGAUCAUCUCCUUCAAUGCACAGACCACUUUAAAAAAUUUUUGCAUAUGGCAGCAAACUCAGAAUCAUCCAGAUGAAAGCCACCACUCACAUCAUGACACUGCUAUUCUCAUCACCAGGCAGGAUAUCUGCCGGGCCCGGGAUAAAUGUGACACAUUAGGUCUGGCAGAGUUGGGCACUGUGUGUGAUCCUUACAGGAGCUGCAGCAUCAGUGAAGACAAUGGACUAAGCACUGCAUUCACCAUUGCUCAUGAGCUGGGCCACGUGUUUAACAUGCCCCACGAUGACAGCAACAAAUGUAAAGAGGACGGCGUAAAAAACCAACAGCAUGUGAUGGCGCCAACAUUGAAUUAUUACACCAACCCUUGGAUGUGGUCCAAAUGUAGCAGGAAAUACAUCACAGAGUUCCUUGACACAGGGUAUGGCGAAUGCUUGCUCGAUGAGCCCAUACCUAGGCCAUACAGUCUUCCUCAGCAGCUCCCUGGACGGAUAUACAAUGUUAAUAAACAAUGUGAAUUGAUAUUUGGGCCCGGAACGCAGGUGUGCCCAUAUAUGAUGCAGUGUCGGAGGCUGUGGUGCACCAGCCCAGAGGGGGCCCAGAAAGGCUGCCGGACCCAGCAUAUGCCUUGGGCAGACGGAACUGAGUGCUCCCAGGGAAAGCACUGCAAACAUGGCCUCUGUAUCCCCAAGGAGCAUGACGCCACCCCCAUUGAGGGGGCGUGGGGGGUGUGGAGCCCUUUUGGAACCUGCUCACGGACGUGUGGCGGGGGCAUCAAGAUUGCCGUCCGGGAGUGCAACCGACCCGUGCCCAGGAACGGGGGGAAGUACUGCGUGGGACGCAGGAUGAAGUUCCGCUCCUGCAACUCUGAGCCUUGCUCCAAACAGAAGAAGGACUUCAGGGAGGAGCAGUGUGGGGCCUUCGAUGGCAGGCACUUCAACAUCAACGGUCUACCUCCAAACGUCCGCUGGGUCCCCAAGUACAGCGGAAUUUUAAUGAAGGAUCGGUGCAAGCUGUUCUGCAGGGUGGCUGGGAGCACGGCCUACUAUCAGCUCAGGGACAGAGUCAUCGAUGGAACCCCCUGUGGGCCAGACACCAACGACAUCUGUGUUCAGGGCUUGUGCAGGCAAGCAGGAUGUGACCACGUGCUGAACUCCAAGGCAAGGAGGGACAAGUGUGGGGUGUGUGGUGGGGACAAUUCCUCAUGCAAGACUGUUGCAGACACAUUCAACAUUGUUCAUUACGGAUAUAACGUUGUCGUGCGUAUUCCCAGUGGUGCUACAAAUAUUGACGUGCGACAGCACAGCUACUCAGGGAAACCAGAGGACGAUAACUACCUCGCCAUUUCCAACAGCCGUGGGGAGUACCUGCUCAAUGGCGAGUUCGUCGUCAGCAUGUUUAAAAGGGAAAUUAAAGUGGGAAAUGCUAUAAUAGAAUAUAGUGGCUCUGACCACGUUGUCGAGAGAAUCAACUGCACUGACAGAAUAGAGGAGGAGAUCGUCGUCCAGGUGCUGUCUGUCGGUAACCUGUAUAAUCCAGAUGUCAGGUACAGCUACAACAUUCCCAUUGAAGACAAGCCGCAGCAGUUCUUCUGGGAUGCUUAUGGCCCAUGGCAGGAGUGCAGUAGGCUAUGCCAAGGGGAGCGAAAGAGGAAGAUUCUGUGCAGCCGAGAGUCAGACCGCGUGGUGGUCUCAGACCAGAGGUGCCACGGAUCGCCCCGGCCUGCUGUCAUCACUGAGCCCUGCAACACAGAGUGUGAACUCAGGUGGCAUAUUGCGAGAAAGAGUGAGUGCACAGCGCAGUGUGGGCAAGGCUACCGAACUCUGGAGAUCUACUGUGCCAAGCACACCCGGGCCGACGGCAAGACCCAGAAGGUGGACGACCGCUACUGCAGCAACCAGCGCAAGCCUGACGACAAGGAGGGUUGCCAUGGUGACUGCAACCCCGGUGGCUGGGAGUAUACACCCUGGUCCGAGUGCUCCAAGAGCUGUGGAGGUGGGACGCGGCGUCGCGGGGCGGCGUGCGGCAAAGGGGGCGAGUCGGGGCACGACGAGAGCAAGUGCAACCAGCGGGAGAAGCUGACGGUCCAGCCCUGCAAUGAGUUCCUGUGCCCUCAGUGGAAGACUGGGGACUGGUCAGAGUGCCUUGUGACCUGCGGCAAAGGGUACAAGCAUCGGCAGACCUGGUGCCAGUUCGGAGAGGACCGUCUGGACGACAGGUUCUGUGACUCCUCGAAGCCAGAGUCAGUGCAGACUUGUCAACAGCAGGAGUGUGCCUCCUGGCAGGUCGGGCCUUGGGGACAGUGCACGACCACAUGCGGGCCGGGCUAUCAGAUGAGGGCGGUGAAAUGUGUGGUUGGAUCAUAUGGGUCCGUCAUGGACGACACCGAGUGUAAUGCUGCCACCAGACCCACCGACACUCAGGACUGUGAACUGGUGCAGUGCCCCGUCACACACCCAGUUGUCCCAGAAACGAAAGUGCCGCCUCACCCCGGGCACAAAACCCAGUGGCGGUUCGGAUCCUGGACACAGUGCAGUGCAACAUGUGGCAAAGGGACGAGGAUGCGCUAUGUGAGUUGCCGGGACAACCAGGGGGGUGUGGCCGAAGAGUCCGCUUGUUUCCACCUUCCCAAACCACCAGCCCGUGAGGUUUGCUCUGUGGUGGCCUGCGGUCAAUGGAAAGUCUUGGAGUGGACGCUGUGCUCAGUGUCUUGUGGUCAGGGCACGGCCACCCGACAGGUGGUGUGUGUGAACUUCAGCGACCAGGUGGUGGAUGUGAGCGAAUGUGACCCCGAUGACCGCCCAGCGACUGAGCAGGAGUGCGCCAUGCCCCAGUGUCCCGUACGCUCCAGUGACCAUGGCAACUUCCCCACCAAUGGGGACCCUCGCAAAAAGAUUCCGCCCCAGGGGACCUCCGUCCGGAAUGGUGGCCGCGCACAGUCACACCAGUGGAGGACAGGGCCAUGGGGAGCGUGCUCUAGCACAUGUGCGGGAGGGUUCCAAAGGCGUGUCGUCGUCUGUCAGGAUGAAAACGGCUAUGCUGCCAAUAACUGUGAGGAGAGGACCAAGCCCAUCGAGCAACGCUCUUGCGAGUCUGGGCCCUGCCCACAGUGGGUCUAUGGGAACUGGGGAGAGUGCACGAAGCCCUGUGGCGGGGGGAUAAAGACGCGCCUGGUCGCGUGUCAGCGACCCAACGGGGAACGGUUUAACGAUCUGAGCUGUGAAAUUCUUGACAAACCUCCUGACAGAGAGCAGUGCAAUACUCAGUCUUGCCCAUCCAGCCCUCACUGGAACACCGAUCCCUGGAGCUCGUGUUCUGCCUCAUGUGGGAAAGGAUACAAGUACCGCAAGGUAACCUGUGUGACCCUCUCUGGAAGGCCCGUUCAGGAGGAGAACUGCCAGCACCUGCCCCGGCCCAGCAAGCAGAGGCGCUGCCGAGGGGGGCGCUGCCCCAAGUGGAAGACAGGAAUCUGGGGAGAGUGCUCCUCGUCGUGUGGGAAAGGGAGACAGCAGCGCGAGGUUUUCUGUCAGAUCGGAGACCAGCGCAGUGUGGAGGAGUCGGAGUGCCCGCGAUCCGCCCGCCCGGCAUCCAGCCAGCCCUGCCAGGCCGCGGACUGCCCGUCGCGCUACAGGUGGAGGGAGGGAGACUGGCAUGAGUGCAGCAAGAGCUGUGGAUCGGGACGCAGGCGCAGGAUGGUUCUGUGUCUGGACCAGGAAGAGGAGGAGGAGGUUCAUGAGAUGUACUGCGUGAGCCAGAAGAAGCCAGCUGACACGGAGAGCUGCAACACGCAGCCCUGCGAGUUUGUGUGGAUCACUGGCGAGUGGUCAGAGUGCUCUGUUAGCUGUGGGCAGGGCUACCGGAGGAGACUGGUGUCCUGCAGUGAGGUGCAUUCUGGAAAGGACAAUUAUGAGUACGGGUACCAAUUCUCAUACAACUGCCCUGGAACCCCUCCAGACAGCGUAUUGGUGUGCAACCUUGCCCCCUGUCCUGCUCCACAAGCCUGGAGAGUUGGAAUUUGGGGACCAUGUUCAGCCUCCUGUGGAGAGGGUGUGAUGGAGAGGACAGUGCAGUGUGUCACGGUCGAUGGCCAGGCCAGCAACCAGUGCCUAUCCAGCACUAAACCUGAGAUGCGCAAGGUCUGCAGCAACACUGUCUGCCAUUUGCCAACUAGCUGCAGUGACAUCCAGAGCCAGAAUGGUAUCCAGGCAGACGGGGAGCACUUGCUCAGCAUACAAGGAAAAGCACUGAGGAUCUACUGUGCCGGCAUGCAGUCAGGCGCUCCUCGGGAAUACAUUUCACUGACGGCGGGCGACGCUGAGAACUUUUCGGAAGUCUUUGGGUUCAGGCUGAACAACCCCACAGAGUGCCCCCACAACGGGAGCCGCCGGGAGGACUGCCAGUGCAGGAGGGACUACAGCGCUGCAGGGCUCUCCACCUUCAGCAAAGUCAGGCUGGACCUCAGCAAGAUGCAGAUUAUCACGACCGACUGGCAGUUUGCUUUUACACGGGAAGGCCACAGAGUCCCAUUUGCCACAGCAGGAGAUUGCUACAGCGCCGCCAGGUGUCCUCAGGGUCGUUUCAGUAUCAACCUUUCCGGAACCGGCUUUCAGGUGGCUGAAGACACCAAGUGGAUUUCCCAAGGAAAUUACGCUGUUGCUGAUAUCCAUAAAUCACAGGAUGGCAGCAGAGUGACAGGAAUGUGUGGAGGCUACUGUGGAAAAUGCACUCCAUCCACGGGUGCUGGCUUUCGCAUAAAAGUGAAGUAAAUCUACUUUUUCAGGUUCUUUCUGUGUCCUAUGUGGCUUCCAAUGGUGCUAAAAAAUGAAGGCUUCGUUCUGAAAUGUCCUCUAUUCCUUAAAAUAUGUUCAUAUGUAAAUUUCUAGGUGUAAGUACUGUACAUAACAUUUUUUAUGAAUUAUUUAUUAUACUCACAUUUAUUUUUGUAUUGUAAAAUUAUUUAAGAAUUGUGAUUUCAAGAAAUACCACAUGCAGUACUUUGCCUUGCUGGUGUAAAAUGUUUGGGCUCACAUCACACACACAUAUUCCUCGUACUUCAAUCCCACAAUGCAAUGCUGACAAAGGGAAACGUACUCAUGUUGCCAAUGGUUGGUGUUUAAGACUUUAUCAUUUUACCCUCAGUUGUAAUGCACGCUGUGAUAAGGAAAGCUCUGCUACUGGACUCUCAGCAUAUUGAUCAGUGCAGUGGGCUAGACAGGAGCGCAUGCGGACUCUCCAGAGCAGAUGGCGAGGGCGCCACACGGGUUGUGAGUUUACCCGAGCCACGGUGUGCCGAUUCCAUUCACGGCAGCAGGGACAAGGCUACAGGAUGCGGCAGCUGCUGGCGGACAGGUGUUGCCUGGCGAGGCGCCACCCCGAGGUGCACCAGGCCCGCAGGGCAAUCCGGCGCUUUUCCGGUCACCGAUCGCGCCGUCUCUGUGGCAGCAGGAAGAGACCGGGUGAGGAGGGAGUGAAAGUCAGAGCAAGAAGGACAACUAGGACAAGGAGGACGGGGGGGGGGAGUGUGUGAGGGGAGGAGGACUACUCCUGUGAUGUGACAGUGAUCGGUGUUGUGGCACGUGAAGAUGUAGGUCUUUGAUGUGAUGUUUGUCUGUUAGCAAGGGAUGUUGUGGUGCAGUAAUGCACUCUUUACUAAAUCGUAUUCCGUACGCUGCUUCUAUUGAUAUAUUAGCCGGAUGAGGAUGGAAAGAUACUAGUUGGACAGGAAGAAUCAGAAGAUGUUUGUUUGAACCAUAAAGAACUGGGAGAUUUCAAAUGAAUGGUGAUUACUGCAACUCCUUCUGUUGCAUGACAGCACAGGCAGGGGUGACCAGGGAAGGACAUAACCUUAAUGCAAGGGCUGCUGUAGCAGAUCAAGGUUUAUGAUAGCAAAAUGUUCAUCUAGUGUUCCAUCGAAAAAAUAGAAAACCAAACAAUAGAACACCAGAGAAUAACAGUUGAGUUGUCACGUGUCUUUUGAUUUGGCCAGAAUGUCCUCAGAGGUCAAAGUACAGGAAGGUAAGGGUAAAGUUUCCUUCUGUAUUAGGGAGGAGGAGAGAGACUGUGAGCGAUAAAUGAGGAAGAGACAGCAGCAGGCAAGGAGUAUGAGAGUUUGAAGGCUAGUGAAUAUGAGAGACAAGCCCCAGUGAUCUGGUGUUAUGUUUUCACUGAUCAGGAACUACAUAACAGGGUAACCCACAGUGCAAGGAACUAACUGCCAUGUAUUUAUUUCUGCUUAGCAGCCAUGAGUCAGGCCCAGCACCAUGUCUAACCUGAGAUAAUGUUUUCACAGGGGCCAAGCAAUCAAAAGCAGCAUGUGUUUUACUAGUCCAAUCUCUAUGCAGUAGGCAUUUUUCAUUAAGAAAAAUACAAGCGAGUAACAGGCAAACUUUAUCUCAGUUACAUGUGCAGUGGUCACUAGACGUAUGUAAGGCUGGUGGCUCACCUGCUAAGUGAGACAAUGUUUUGUGAGUCUGUCAGGUGCCAAGACAGAUGCCUGUAAUAGAGCAGAGCAGCUCGGUUUUCCACUCUUCAUAGCAAUUCAGGUCUGCAUUAUAUCAUUCAAUAUCAAGUUAUUGUACCUGAAAGGUAGGUCCUGGGUACCUCUAAAAUGUUAGAGAUGCCCCACAAAACAGAAUGUGACCUGGCCCUAUGGGUCUGAUUUAUCUACUGCUGCCUUAAUUUGAUUUGUGUGAUUGUGAAGUCCAGCUUUUCUUUGUUUAAAAGUACACAUCUUAAGGCUUUCUCAGUGUUUUAGUUUGGAGGAUUUGUUGCAAUCGGCCAGAACAUAUUCAGUCUAACAGCAGUGCACUUUCUUCGGCAAUGUGAGUGACAAGUGUAAAAAUUAUUGUUUUUUGUUUUGUUUUCUGUUAAUAUCUGUGAGCAACAAACUCCUGGGAUGUGUAAGAAACAAAGUAACACAGCUAAGUUGCAUAAAGGUAUUGCUCAAUGUCGGAAAAGCACGUUGCUUUUAGACUGAAACUUGGCCACUGUGGUUUGUAUAAUUUGAGCUCCGGAGUUGUUGGAGUGAGUUCACACGCUUGUAAAAAGAUAUCAGGGUACUUUUUUCUUUUUCUCUUAUCCAUAUCAAGAUGAUGUGCCUUUUUUUGUCAUAUUAGCCA